CGGAGCUAGCCAAAUGCCACAUAAGACUCUUUUCAAUCAAAGUUUGUAUAAUAUAUUACCAAACUCCAUAAACACUGUAAAAUCAUAUACAGUAUAUAAUUAUUAUCAAUUUCAUUGGUCAACUACUAUGCUAUAUCUAUAUAGCAUUUUGCAGUUUCCUUUUUUUUUUUUGAACACCAGCUUUUUGUAGCUUCUAUCAACUGAGAAAGCACAGAUGGAUAUUGUCUCAGAAAACAUGUUCUUGCUCUUUUGCUUUAUCCUAUCAUGUUUCUUUAUUUUUACCACCAUAAAAUUCCGACUGAGCUCUACCCGAUCCACCGCGCUACCUCCUGGACCCCCACGGUUACCGAUCAUAGGUAACAUUCACCAAGUUGGAAAGCUCCCACACCGUUCAUUCGCAGACCUCUCGAGAACAUAUGGACAAAUCAUGCAUCUAAAGUUUGGACGUUUAAACACAGUGAUCAUAACUACGCCAGAAGCUGCGAGAGAGGUUCUAAGAAAACACGAUCAAACCUUGUCUGGCCGUAUGUCUCCUAACGCGGUACGGUCCAUCAAUCACCACAAAGUUUCUGUUGCAUGGAUUCAUCCGUCGUCGGAUCGUUGGAGACUAUUGAGAAAACUGUCGGUGACUCACCUGUUCUCGCCGCAGCGUAUUGAAGCCACUAAAGCUCUGCGGAUGAAAAAGGUGCAGGAGCUUAUAAAGUUUAUGGAUGAAAGCAGCGAGAGAGAAGAAGCUGUUGAUAUUUCUCGUGCAUCUUUCGUCACAACUCUUAAUAUCAUAUCGAACAUUCUGUUCUCGGUUGAUCUCAGUAGCUAUGGCUCGGAAAAAUCCAAUGGAUUUUAUGACUCAAUUAUUGGAGCUAUGGAAGCUGCUGGGAGCCCAGACCUAGCUAACUUCUUCCCAUUUCUUGGGUUUCUUGAUCUACAAGGUAUUAGCAAGAAGAUGAAGUUGUGUACAGAGAAGUUGUUUAAGGUUUUCCAAGGAUUCAUCGAUACUAAAACAGUGGAAAAAUCAUUGAGGAGAAAGCCCAAAGAUGCUUCCAACAGCGAUUUUUUGGAUGUGCUUCUCGAUGAAGCAGAACUAGACAAUAAUGAUAUUGAACACCUUCUCUUGGAUAUGUUUGUAGCAGGCACGGACACAAGCUCUAGUACCCUAGAAUGGGCAAUGGCAGAGUUACUUGCAAACCCUAAAAAGAUGGCCAAAGCUCAGGCCGAGAUCGAACGUAUGAUAGGCCAAGACGGGUUAGUUCAAGAGCCUGAUAUCUCAGAGUUUCCAUAUUUACAAGCGGUUUUGAAAGAAACUUUCCGUUUGCACCCAGAUGUUCCUCUUCUUCUUCCGCGAAAAGCAGAAACAGAUGUAGAGAUUUUUGGAUACCUUGUGCCUAAAGAUGCUCAGGUCUUGGUGAACGUAUGGGGCAUAGGACGAGACCCGAACGUGUGGGAGAACCCGACUCGGUUCGAGCCAGAGAGGUUUUUGGGGAAAGUCACUGAUGUGAAAGGUAAACAUUAUGAGUUAACACCAUUUGGAGCCGGACGAAGAAUGUGUCCAGGAUUGCCUUUAGCUGUGAAGAUGGUAUCUCUUAUGCUUGUUUCUCUUCUUUACUCCUUUGACUGGAAGCUUCCAAAGACCGUCGACAUGGAUGAAGCCUUUGGUAUUAGUUUGCACAAGGCCAACCCGUUACUUGCGAUUCCGGUAAAAAAGAAAUCGCCACAAAUUAAACAUAUGUAAGUCUAUUUAUAAUCUACCUUUAUAUUUUCUUUAAAAUAAACUCUAAACAUAAAAGUAGAUUUCAUUCUGAUGAAUGUUAUAUUUUUCUUGCUUAUCAAAAACUCUAAACAUUUGUGGAUGUUCAUAGAUAGUUGUCAAAUAUGUUGCUACUGAUCAUAGGUCUUACUAACUGUAUCUUUUAUGCCGUCCCAAAUAAGGAAAAUGUUGUUAACUAAAUGAUCUUCAACUAAUGAAACUUAAUCACACAACGCUAAACAUUUAUCUCCGUAA